AUGGCUCUGAAGUCGAUCGCUGUGUUCGGAGGAAAUGGGUUUCUUGGCAAGAGAAUUUGUCAACAGGGAAUUGAAUCUGGCUAUAAGGUUAUUUCAUUCACUAGGUCAGGAAAACCCCCAACACCGACUUCGCACCACGACAUACAUUGGUUGAAGCAAGUACAGUGGGAGAAAGCAGACAUUUUGAAGCCGGAUACAUAUAAGAAACAAUUGAAUGGUAUAGAUACUGUUGUGCAUUCUAUGGGAUUGUUAUUCGAAAAUCUGAACUACAAGCUGCUGCUUGAUAGCGAGUUGGAUCUCUUCGAAGAUUUGAAAAGUUUACAGAAGAGUAUCUUGGGCAGCACAGGUCCCAACCCAAUGGCGAGAACUACCCAAAACAGCUAUGCUUCUAUCCAGCGAGACUCUGCUGUCCUACUUGCGGAUAUUCUAUUGAAAAAGCAUUCUAAAAAGGCGGCGUCAAGCCCUCCUGUUUCGUUUGUGUAUAUAUCUGCUGACCAAGAGCUACCAGCUGUGCCAUCUGGCUACCUAACUACGAAAAGAGAAGCGGAAACGGAACUUAGACUGAGAUCUCCAGGGAUUAGAUCUAUAAUUAUGAGACCGGGUUUCAUGUAUGACGAAUUAGAUCAAAAUCCGAGGAAGAAGAGAAACAUUGUGAAGGGUGUUUUACAAGCAGGCUUUGAGAUAAAGAAUUGCGUAUUUGGUGACAGCGUCCCCUUAGUCAACGGGAUUAUUAGGCCCAUUGUUUCAACACAAAUGGUUGCGCGAGAAGUGUAUAAAAAAAUUGAAGAUGAGUCGUUUUUUGGGAUUGUUCCUUUGGAUGAAAUCGCCAGAGGAAGGUAG